AACAACGGAAUGGCGUACUCCAAUCAUAUCGGCGAUAUUGUUCACCUGAACGUUGGUGGAACAAGAUUUUCCACCUCACGCCAAACACUAACUUGGGUUCCGGACACAUUCUUCACAUCUCUGCUUAACGGGCGCAUCUCAAGUUUACGCGAUGAAACGGAUGCAAUUUUUAUCGAUCGUGAUCCAAAGCUGUUCAGUCUGAUACUUAAUUAUCUUCGCACGAAAGAGAUCGACAUCAAAGCAGUCGAUAUACGAGUGUUGCGUCAUGAGGCUGAGUUCUAUAACAUUGCUCCACUGAUCAAACGGAUGAUGCUGUGUGAGGAGAUGGACCAAUCCAGCUGUGGCGAUGUACUGUUUUAUGGUUAUCUCCCAGCCCCUAAUAUUCCUAUCCAAGAUAUGCCAAUAAGUUCGCCUUCGACUAGCUCGAUAAGCACCGGGACGGUUACGACGAGCAACAGUGUAUUGUCCGGUACACCUGUGCAGUCAAAAUCGGAUCCACAGCCCGGUCCAUCAGGCAUUGGACAGCAAACAGUGCCUGCGACACUGCAGCAGCAGUCCAAUUCACAAUUUUCAAAUUCCAACAACCCAAUUCCACUGCACAACGCUUUGCCCACGGCUGCGGUGGCGACAUCGACAAGCAACGCUAAUACGAACUCGAACCCACGCCCUGGAUCAAUGGUGCGUGUGCCAGAACUCUCGCAAGGAUCCUCUAGUUCGCCGGGAAGCGCGAGUGGCACGGCGGCCACCAACGGCUCGCGCCAUUCGGGACAUUCUCGCAACUCGUCCUGGGAUAUGCGUGUGUCGUAUAACGGGAACGGGAACCGUAGCCAAUCCCAGUGGGUUCCCGGCCACUCGCGUACUGCUUCGCUCGAUAUGAUGCGCCAUUCGCGCAACUCGUCCGUCGAUCUGAAUAAGUACAUACGGAAUGAGGUGGGCUUGGUGUUUGGGCCGGGUGCAACCGGUACGGGUUGGGCGGAUCCGAUGCGUGUGCAGAUUAUCAAGGCACACCACAAUUGGAUUUCGGUUGCGUACGCCCAUUUCGUCACUUGUUAUCGACUGAAAGACUACUCGGGCUGGCAGCAAAUUUUCAUCUCCCCUUACAUCGAAUCGACGAUCGAGCGGAUAGCAAUAAACGCCAAAAUGAACCUGGCUACUUCGGCGGGUGAACAAUCGCACAGUAAAAUGGUCGCAAUCUCAUACGGAAGCCAGAUUCGGCUGUGGGGAAUCUCAGACGAUGGCAGCAAGACCGACGUGGGCACAUUCAAUUUGCAUGUGCGCGUCGAAUAUUUGUUCUUCAUCGGCAGUCAGUUGGUUGCGCUGUCUUCUUCGGGAAAGAUCGGCGUUUGGCAUGCGAUGACACAACACUGGCAGAUACAGGACCUUGUUCCGAUACUAUCCUUCGAUACUGCCGGGUCGUUUCUACUUCUCGGUUGCAACAAUGGUUCCAUCUACUAUAUCGACAUGCAAAAGUUUCCCUUGCGUAUGAAGGAUAACGAUCUGUUGGUGACGGAACUGUACAAGGAUCCAUCGAAUGACCACAUCACGGCCAUAUCGGUCUAUCUAACACCCAAAACGACAACCGCGGAUCGAGUUAAGGAAGGUCUCUCAGGUAACUGGAUAGAAAUUGCCUAUGGCACACGAGCCGGUUCUGUUCGCGUCAUUGUACAACACCCGGAAACGGUAGGCCAUGGGCCACAGCUGUUCCAAACGUUUACCGUGCACCAGAGCCCGGUUACGAAAGUGACACUGUCAGAAAAGUUUCUGAUAUCGGUGUGCAGUGAGUACAAUCACGUGCGAACUUGGCAGGUACCAAGAUUCCGUGGUAUGAUCUCUACACAACCUGGCUCUACACCGGAAGCAUCGUUUAAGAUAGUGUCUUUGGAAGCAGUAGAUUCAACUUAUAGCUAUUCGGCCGGUAAUGAUUUCGGACCGUUUGGCGAGCAGGACGAUGAGCAGAUAUUCGUACAGAAGGUGGUACCAGACACUGAUCAGCUGUACGUGCGGCUAGCCUCGAACGGUGAACGUAUUUGCCUGAUACGAUCAGUCGACGGGACGACAGUCACAUCAUUCUGCGUACACGAAUGCGAAGGCUCAUCCCGCAUGGGUUCCCGACCGAGACGUUUCAUACUUUCCGGCCACUGUAACGGGGCGAUACAGAUGUGGGAUUUGACUACCGCUCUUGAGAUAUCGAAGAGAAAGGAUCAGCCCAAACGCAGCAUCGGAGGACCGACGGCGGACGAACUCAUUCGGGAGCUUGAUCAGUGCGAUCUGAGCAACAGUCACUGUUCAACACCUUGCAUGUCCCCUUGCCCAACGGCUUUCUCCAGCGGCAUCGAAAGCAAUACGGUGGGACGAUUGAAACCGUUUAAUGUUGCGUUCUUGAACCAAUCUGCGGCGGCUGCAUCGCAAAUAGUCGCGGGAGUGAGUGCUCAAGGACAGGCAGUGGGACUGGUGGCAGCAGCGGGUGCUGUUGGAGCUGCGGCACCACUUGCGGCUCAUCAACCCGAACAACCGAACUGAUCUUUAUUCCGCCGGCAGAGGGCUUUAAGGAGGUGGUUUGAAUGUUGCCAGCUGGAGCUGGGAUUUUAGCUUAAAGCUUUGGCCUAUGUAGUUACGCUCGUUAUGCUAAAUUUACGUAAUGCACAAUUGCGUACACAGUAACUAUUAAAGCAUUUCUGUUCCUUCAGAUCAAUUUUUCUUGUCUCCACUACAAUAAUAUCGGAGACCUAGUUCCACCAUAAAAACCCGAUCGGAUUGUUUGUUUUUUUCUCGAAAUAAACUUUUAUUUUUUGAACUUGCUUGUAU